AUGGGAAAGAAAGUUCCCCAGAGCAACGUUAAGCGCCUAUUCCGGAUUUGUAGUUGCCCAAGCAGGGCAACUAUUAUUGACAAUUCUCUGCGAGAAGUUUCCAAUCCGCUUUGCCCCCGCGGGCCCUCUUCCAACAAGAACACAUCUUUGACACCACCUCAGGCCAACGCUCAACCCACCUACACCUGCUCCCCUCAACCUCCCCAUCAACACUCUCAACUCUCCAAUCCACCUCCCUACCAAUAUUCCCACCAGAACCCCCCUCAACCAGUCCAAGAAGACAAAUCAAGCCGCGCCGGCAUCAUCGGCGCCACAACCGGUGGCCUGACCGCACAUCUCCUCGGCGGGGGUAUCCUGAGCACCAUGAGAGGCGCUAUGGCUGGUGCCGCGGAGGCGAAGGAGAUCAGCGAGUAUGCCCAAGCUCUUUUCCCAGAUUUGGAUCAGUGA